GUAUUUCAACAAAUGUUUCGAUUUUGUGGCAAAAACCUGAUUUGAAUCGCAUGACCAAAAUUAUUUGGGCAAUUUCAAAAAUCAACCUAUUUAAUCUGUGAUUUAAAAUCCAAAACCGAGAAUCCAUUGAACGUGAUUGAGGCAUCAGAAUCUAGUGGAUCGUGUAGAUGAGUAUGAGGAGAAGAAAGGAACAAAUAAUCAAAAGCAAAUGUAUAACAUUCAACAGGAGAUAAGGAACUGUAACGGCGACGAAAAGAAAUGGGCACAACUUCAGACAAAAUUGAAAGAGAUUGAAUCGAAAAAGAGCGAAUUGAAUGCCAAAUGUGAUGAGUUACGGUUAAAAGAAAAGAAAACACCUUGGAAUUUCUAUACAAUUUCCAAACCAGGCUUCUCGAAAACGAUCAUCAAUACAUCACCGAAAUCAACGUAUGAUGAUUUGAACGAAGAAGAAAAAGAAUCUCGUAGGCGCGAUUUUGUUAAAGACAAUAAAAAACUGCUGAAACUAUUCGGAAUGAUGCGCAAAUACGAUGAUUCGAAAAAAUUUCUUUUGGACCAUAGUCAACUUGUGUGUAAAGCGUCGGCUAACUACCUCGUCUCUCGGGCAAUCAGCUUGCAAAUGGAAGCAAAAAGAAUGAAUCAAUUCAAAUAUUUUGUUAAUUAACAGAUCGUUUAAAUUGGAUUUAUAUUUGUUCACAAAUACAGCUAGUCUCAUGGAACACGUUGUAUUUGUAUGCAAUACAUCUUGGAAUUGGCGAAAGAACUUAAAAAGGAUCCACGUGCAUGCGUCGGUUUAUUCUUUGAUCGAAUCCAAGAAGCCGGUUUUGAGUAUAAGAAAGAUUUUGAUCUUGAAGUAGAAUCAUUCAGAGAUCAUAUUGAGAAACAUGUUUUUGAAAAAAUCAAAGACGAUCUCGCUGAACAAGAAGAAGAAGAACGCAAGGCACGUUUGGGUCCAGGUGGUCUCGAUCCAAAAGAAGUCUUUGAAUCAUUGCCAAAGUGUCUUCAAGACUGUUUUGAAAUUCGUGACAUUGAACUGCUGCGAAGUACCUUUGAUAAAAUGCCUGUUUAUGAGGCCCGAUAUCAUUUGGGUCGCUGUGUAGCUUCUGGUCUAUGGGUUCCGGACGCAUCCAAAGUAGAAAAGCGAUCGAUUAUAAUAUCGCUGAUGACCAAAUUUUUGGAGCUAUUUUGCGGAUGGUUUGAUACAUUUUGGGGAUUUUUAACAAGAGCUCAUGAGUAAACAAAAUGACAUUUUGGUAUCGAUAUAUAAAUAUUUAGUAGAAAGAGUGUAUGAUGAAACUUUUACUUUUCCGCACACCCACUGUGUGUUAGUGAAGUAUUUUGUCUAAAGAAGGAUCGAAGUAGUCAAAACAAUCUCACAUUAAUUGCAGAGUUAUCACUCAGUUUGUACCUUUUUAUG